AUGACCAUGUUUCGCGCUUUCCUGCUGCUGCUCUGUGCGCUCGCGGUUGCGCACCUGGCGGCCGCGGCGGAGUUCAACCCCGCUCUCGCCACUCUCGCCGCAAGCCCCGACGAUAGCCUCCUCGCCACGGGCAAAGCGCUCGCAGAUGACGCAAGCGAGGACGCGGAUGUGCUUAUAACGAACCGCGCUCUUGCGGAGGAGGGCGAAGAGUCGCGCCACAAUGGCGCUGUUCGCGUGCUGACGGAUGUCGACCUGCUCUCCCUGCUGGCGGAGGAGGACGCUUAUGCUGACGUGGCGGACACGCGGAGGAGCCUGAAGAAGAGGGGGAAGAAAUGCAAGAAGGGGAAGAAGGGGAAGAAAUGCAGGAAGGGGAAGAAGGGGAAAAAGAAUGGUGGCGCGGUAGCAGCACCCGGUGGGGCGGGGGCGGCACUUGGUGGGGCGGCACCUGAGGGGGCGGCACCUGAGGGAGCGGCACCUGGUGGUGCCGACGCUGGCGGGGAUUCAGGUGCGGCUGCGCGCAGCAUGGCGGAGGUCGACCUGCCCUCCCAGAUUGAGGAGGGAGAUGCUGAUGCUGACGUGGCAGACAUUCGCAGGAGCCUGAAGAAGAAGGGGAAGAAAUGCAAGAAGGGGAAGAAGGGGAAGAAAUGCAGGAAGGGGAAGAAGGGGAAGAAGGGGAAAAAGAAUGGCGGCGCGGUAGCAGCACCUGGUGGGGCGGGGGCGGCACCUGGUGCUGAGACCCCUGCCGACGCUGGCGGAGAUUCAGGUGCACCGAGUGGGGGCGAGGAGGCGGGCCCUGAUGGCGCGGCUGCUCGCAGCAUGGCCGAGGUCGACCUGCCCUCCCCGCUGGCGGAGGGCGAUGCUGAUGCUGACGUGGCGGACACGCGGAGGAGCCUGAAGAAGGGGAAGAAGUGCAAGAAGGGGAAAAAGGGCAAGAAAUGCAAGAAGGGGAAGAAGGGGAAAAAGAAUGCAAGCAAGGCAGCAGCACCUGGUGGGGCGGGACCUGGUGCUGAGACCCCUGCCGACGCUGGCGCUGAUUCAGUUGGCUCUGAUGGCGCGCCUGAUCGCAGCAUGGCGGAGGUCGACCAGCUUCCCCCGCUGGCGGAGGGAGAUGCUGAUGCUGAUGCUGCGGACACGCGGAGGAGCCUGAAGAAGGGGAAGAAGUGCAAGAAGGGGAAAAAGGGCAAGAAAUGCAAGAAGGGGAAGAAGGGGAAAAAGAAUGCAAGCAAGGCAGCAGCACCUGGUGGGGCGGCACCUGGUGCUGAGACCCCUGCCGACGCUGGUGCUGAUUCAGUUGGCUCUGAUGGCGCGCCUGGUCGCAGCAUGGCGGAGGUCGACCAGCUCCCCCCGCUGGCGGAGGGAGAUGCUGAUGCUGAUGCUGCGGACACCCGGAGGAGCCUGAAGAAGUGCGAGAAGCGCGAGAAGCACGAGAAGCCGCGUGAGCUGAACGAGAAGGGCGGGAAGCGCGUAGGUGUGAGUGUCUCCCUUGCGGCGAGAGGGGCGAGAGUGAGAGGGCGGGCGAGGCGUUGGCGGCCUUCCUCUUGCGCCAUGGCGGGGGACGCGGCGGCAUUCGCGCCGUUCACCUCGGAGGCCGAGAGGAGGGUCCACUUCAUGCGCCUCGCCAUCGCGCAGGCGGAGGCUGCAUGGGCGAGGCUAGAAGUCCCCGUGGGCUGUGUGAUAGUGCAUAACAACAAAGUCGUUGCAGCAGGCAGCAAUAGAACCAACGAAACCAGAAACGCUACCCGCCAUGCUGAGAUGGAGGCCAUUGAUUCGCUGCUGGAAUCUCUUUCUCCUGGGCAGGUUAACGAAUGUCUCGGGGUGAUUGAUCCACCUAGGGCAGCAUCAACGAACGGCGCAGCGAAUGGCACAGAGACACUUGGCAGCCACGGAUCAGCUGGGGAGAGAGAAAGGGAGAGGCUGAAGCAAGAAUUAAAUGCAUCUGCGAGGGAGGAUGGGCAGGAUGGAGAAGACUUAGAGAGAAUGAACGAGGCAGAGGAGGUAGGGGGGCGAGAGGGAGACGAUGAGGAGGGGAGGGAGGAGGAGGAGGGGGAGCGGUAUGGGCGGUUGCUGCAGGUGGCGGGGGAGAGUGAGCUGUUUGUGACAUGUGAACCGUGUAUCAUGUGCGCUGCUGCUCUCUCUCUGCUUGGUCUCACCCGUGUGUUCUACGGCUGUCCCAACGACCGCUUCGGCGGUUGUGGAUCCGUGCUCUCCGUACACGCCAAAGGAUGCCGCCCCUGCCCGCCCUUCAGCGCAGGAGCACAGGGCGCAGGGCUGCAGUGCGAGGGGGGCAUUCUAGCCAGUGAGGCAGUGGACCUCUUUCGCCGCUUCUACGAGCAGGGCAAUCCCAAUGGUCAGUCUCGUCACUCACCCCUCUCAGGCUUCCACCACUCUGGCCGCGCUCCUCCCCACGCGCUGCUGCUUCCCCACGCGCUGCUGCUUCCCCACCCACUGAUCGCCACCAAGCCCACCCUUCCCUCCGUUUCUCUCCCACCAACCAGUUUCCUCCCUUGCAGACACAAUGCUGUCCCACUUGCACGCGCCCUUCGACAACUUCUCCCUUUAUCCCCACCCCACAAGAGUGCUGAUUCCCCUUCGUGUCCAGCUCCGCCUAUACUCCUCUACCGCCAACGCAGCGCCUUCCGCUUCCCCGGGGGAGAGAAAGUCCUCCUCCGCCAAAACGCGAACAGCGCGCGCAUGCGGAGACUCCCCGCCCUCCGCAGUGAGAACGCGGUUCGUUAUAAUCACAUCCGCGUCCUCGCGCACGUCUCCCGUGAGCGCCUUGCCCGUGGCGAGAAGCCCGUCGCGCUCGGGAUUUGCGGCGAGAGUGGCGAGCGCGGGGUUGAAUUCCGCCGUCGCUGCGUGCACGUGCGCCGCGACGAGCACACAGAGCAUCAGCAGUAA